AAUUAUAGACAUUUAAAAAGGGGCCGACGGAUUAGACAAAACGAGGAAAUCCCAAACACCAAAGUCCACUUCCCCCCGUUCCGUUUCACAGGUUCUCUUUCCUCACACCAUCGACGCGAAUCGAAUCCCCCCGUGUACCUUCACCGUGUCGAACCGGAUCCCUUCCAUCCCCGUCGAUCGCUCACGGUCACGCCCAACAUUCGGGGAGGAGGAAUAGCGGAGGAGGAGGAGGAGGAGGCCAAGGACCGCCGCCGCCGCCGCCGCCGCCAUGGCCGCGCUGCCGGUGAUGAAGCUGGGGACGCUGCUGCUGCGGACGCUGUCCAAGCCUAUCGCCAACCGCCUCAAGAGCCAGGCAGCCGUCCACCCCAAGUUUCGCGACUUCAUCAUCAGCAUCGCCCAGACAAACCAUCGUAUCACUACAAGGAUACAAAGGCGCAUUUAUGGGCAUGCUACUAAUGUGGCUAUCAGACCUUUAGAUGAGGAGAAGGCAGUACAAGUUGCUACAGAUCUCAUUGGAGAAGGCUUCAUCUUUUCGGUUGCUGUCGCUGCUUUAAUUUUCGAGGUGCAAAGGAGUGCUAGGUCAGAGGCUAGAAAGGAGGAAGCUCGUAAACAGGAACUUGAGGAACUGAGACAAAAGGAAGAGAUUUUAGCUAAAGAUUUAGAAGAGCUCAAGCUGAAGCUUGCUGAACUUGAGCGCCUCGCCAAAGGACGAGGCCUUUCUGGAAUAUUGAACUUCAAAGGUGUCAAUGUGGCAGAUAGCAGCAAGGAAGCAACACCUGCUUGAUUUAUCGAUUCAACUUUGGUCAGGAGAAGGGGGGAUGUUGUGUUGUCGAGUUCAUGCACAAAUCACCUCGAAAUUGGCUAAUUGGUUUCUUCUGUCACAGUUCUUUGAUACUAUAGCCAUGCCCAUUCUUUGGGUGAAUGGAUCAAAUUUUAUGGUGGUUGAUCCAUUAGACAUCCUGAUGAAAUAAUAGUGUGAUUGUGUGAGGGAAAAGCCCGGUUACUUCUGGACGAGUGACCACAGAACAAGAUAUAAAGAUGAGUGUAUUCUUACUGUUGGGCCUUUUGGCUCGCUAACAAUUAAGUGAGAAGUAUGAUUGUGCUGUGGGCUCCCAACAGAUUACUAUCCGAAA